AACUGUAUUUUAUUAGCGGCGUAAUGGGGCCUGCGAGCUACUGUAGCUGCAGAAAACAGGGAGGUACUCCGGGUCUUGAAUCUUCACUUCAGCUAUCCUGCAAAGCCCAGAGGUUGGUUUUCGGGGUAGGAACUCCGAUACUUAAGUCAGCAAUAAUCAGAGCUACCAACUAUGAAAUGAGAAUGAAAGCUAGGUUAGAGGUCGGUUUCCAAUACCUUUCUGAGGUAGACCCUGAUGGCGGGAGCAGAGGGGACGAGCUCGAGCCUGACCGAGCUCGUCGUCCUUCAAUCGAAUCGAGACUAGCAGCACUCCAUCUCAUGACCUCUGACUACCUACGAGUUUGUGUUGGCAUUAAGGCAACGAGUGGAUAUCAUGGCAUGGAGCUAGGGGAUGUAGUUGAAGGCGAAGUGAGGGGUAGCAUGACACGAGGUCAUGGGAGAUCGUGGGAUUUGCUAGCAUUUGUACAAGUGUUAGACUUCGGCGCAGAAAACCAGGUGAUUCUGAUCACUGUUGGUGACAUACUUCUUGUAGUGAAGACUAUAAUAGCAGAGAUGUCGUCUGAAGGAACGCUAAGUGUUGGAGGAGGAGAGGGGAUGAGGGACGUCAGUUCGAGCUCAAGCUCGAGCUCAAGUAGGGGGAGUGGGGGUAGGACCUCUGUUAGUGGGGGAUACGGGGGUCAAGAGGGUGGCCUUGUUCCAACCAACAUUUUAGAGGUUGGUGACAACCGGGAGAAGUGUUAUGAUGAGAGUGACGAGGUGGUGGGGGAGGUGGUAGGGUAUAAAUCAUGUUGGAGGUGCAGGGGGGAGCUGGGGCACUUAGUGGAAAACUACAGUAUCCCACCUUAUGUGUUGAUAAGGCCAGUAGGAGCUGGACUCCGGUUCCCAAUUCUGGAGUUGCUGGUAGCGCUGUUGAAGGAAUAUGGGUUGGGGUUAACGCAGCUCGUCCCCAAUGGAGUUCGCAGGUCCAUUGUCGGCGACAACUUGGUUUGGGAUUCCAUAUCUGCAUAUGACCGAACUGAAAAUGAAGUCUUCAAUCGUUCUCGAGGGUCCGAGCUCCGACAUGACUCCCACAUACACCCUUAUGCACCUCACGAAGUGCGUACUCGAGCUCAUAAGGAGUUAAACAACGAAGAAGGGGGAGCGAGUAUGACCUCUUAUACAGGGUACCAUCGAUCAAGGUAUACCGAGAUGCUUUCCUUCGCAAUCGCAUCUCUUCUUAUUUGUCAGCUAGGACGGUCCCAUCCUGGAGAUAAGCUUUAAUGGGAUCAGUCCAGCUGGGGGCUUGGGGAUCGGUACUGACCUCCAUCAGCUGCAACCUCUGGAAGCUUGGUUCAUCUAGGGCUUCAACAAAAACUGACCUCUGUC